CCACAAUUUUCAUAUGAUAUAAGUUUGCUCUCUGCUCUCGGGGUAUUCAACAAUUGUCCAUUCCUUGUCAAAGCGUGACGCUAAGGCACGCCCUUUGUUUUUUCUCUCCCCUUUUACUUCACUCUCUCUUUCUCUCUGUGUAUUUUCUUCUCCUCCUUGUAAUGACUGUUUUCUAGAUUCUUGAGUUUUUUUUAUUUUUUUCUUUUUCCCUCCUGUAAGCGAUGGGUUCAUGUGCUUCAGUGCAUAAAGACUCAAAAUCAGCAAUGAAGUUCCGUCUUGUUUUUUCAUCUAAAACUGACAAUCUUGUAAGUCCGUCACCCAUCAAAGAUAAACCACUGGAUAACGAUGAAAUCAAAAUCCCUGAUCCUCAACUCAAACCUCAACGUUCACUGGUACUUCCCAAAACCAGUUUUAGCGACUAUGGUAGCAAGGAGGAGACCUUCUUUGAUUCCCAGGCCUGGUUGGAGUCAGAUUGUGACGACGACUUCUUUAGUGUGAAAGGAGAUUUUACACCGUCACUCGGAAAUACUCCUUCGCGUGGAAAUACACCUGUUCAUCGGGGUAUGUUGGCUGGUAAUAUGUUAGGUAAUCGAACCCCUUUUGUAGAAAGACCUCCUACUUCAUUACCACAAUCUUCUCCAAGACACAAGAGGAAGAAUUUACUUGAGCUUUUCAAAGAAUCAAGAAACCGGAAUGCCAAUGAGCAAGGUGCUGAAGACAACAAAAACGGACUGGCUGCUGAUCUACCUAAAUCUACAUUGAGCACACCUUAUGUGCCGGUGUCUAGUGGCAAGAGAACCCCCACAAGAAAGUUCAAAAGUGAGCCCACAUCGCCGAGGUCAGCACAGUGUUGUCUUCCCAGGUUGCGCUCAACUGGCAGCUUUAGGGAAAGGAGGAAGAGUAUGAGCCCUCCUGCACAUAGCGUUGCUUAAUAACUAAAACCUGGCUUUGAUAAGUUCUCUCUCUAUGUAUGUGCAAGUGCACCAGGAAUUGUGCACCUCUUUAGAUAUGCAACUUGACCAUCAGUAUCCAACUGAACCUGAGGGCCAUAAGAUCGGGUGUGCGUUGGCACACACUUGUGUAUAAAGUUAUAAAGAACGGCUUUGUUAAUAAAUUAACGAGGACAUAGUCCGUUUAUGUA